AUCACACAUGUGUAUCACGGAGCGCGACAGCGUACGUUGGUCGGAAUGGAGCAGCGGCACAGUUAUCUAAUUUGCCGAUACGCGUUGAAAGAAUGGUGUCAUAAGACCUGAGACCCCUAUCGCUCGCAUUUCCAGAAGCGGAAUGAUCCGUCGCUGAGGGCUCCUGACACGGACUUCACGUGAUCUCCUCAGCUGUGUACGCCGGCGGCGGAGAGAGUGGAGAACCGUCUUGUGUGUUGCUGCUGCCCUUCGUGGACGCAGCACGCCAAGGAGGCAAGCUGCCGUCGACUCUCGAGUGUCCCACUUGCCGCUUGCCGAUCCUGCCUCGGGAAAGUUUGAGGACGACGUAGCCAAAAUUCGAAGAUGGCAGAAGCCAGAAGCGCCGUCGCAGGACUACAGGUGCGCGAAGUGGACGACGAACGCGGCUCCUGUGGGAUCAUUUUUCGGGUAUGGCUGAGGACUGCCGUCCGGAAAUAUCAUCGUGUCAGGAAUUCCAUCAGCAAUGGCAUGUGGCCAACAUCUGUGCACAAUAUCUGCAUACUUUGUAUAUUAGUUUUUCUGUUUAUGCUCUCGGACAUAGAGGUCGCAGAGUCAAUCAAGGAGCUAUUUUGGGAUACUGGUGACAAACUUCAUGUGCCUCAUGAACUACCGGCCACAGUUAGGGCCAUCAUCGUUGCUUGCUUCAUCAGUGUGGUGCUGUCCGUUGUAUUUAUGAAACUUCGCCAAAUCAUACUUCGCAGCUUACUAGGCUACCGAGGAUGGAUGUACGAAGCAACGAAACCCGGCCGCAAGUACCUGACCAUGCUCUGGUGCCUAGCCGUGCGAGUGGUCAGCGGCUACCAGCCGUCACUUUACAGUUGCCAACGAUCGCUACCAAGGCUUCCAGUGCCUCCUCUGCAUGACACCAUUGAGCGCCUGCUUGACUCCCUCAAAGCAGUCUGCACUCCAGAAGAGAUGAAGGUCCUCGAAAUGCAGGCGCAGAAAUUCGAGUCUACCUUGGGCCCAACGCUGCAGCGGCUUCUGUAUCUGCGUUCCUGGAUCUCGAGCAACUAUGUAACAGAGUGGUGGGAAAAGUACAUCUACUUGAGCAGCCGUAUGCCCCUGGCCAUCAACAGCAACUACUAUUGCUUUGACCAGAGCUACUCUCAUCCGUCACACAUUCAGUCAUCAAGGACAGCAGUGAUCGUUCACAACUGCUUAGCCUUCAAGCGCCUCAUAGACCGGGAAGAACUGCAGCCCCUUGUUCUUCGUGGCACAGUCCCCAUCUGUAUGUCCCAGUAUGAAAAGCUCUUCUCAACGACACGGGUACCUGGCAUCGAUAUUGACGAAAUCUGCCACUAUAGUUCAACUGAAUCAAAGCAUGUGAUCCUGCAGCACAAAGGCUUUUUCUACAAGCUUGAUGUGUAUGAUGCUGCCAACCAAAUUCUCUUCCCGACAACCCUCGAGCAUCAGAUUGAGUGGAUAAUGGACGAUGCCACGAAGCAUGUUGCCAGUGAAGCUGAGGCAUCUCUGGCCGCACUCACCACGCUAGACAGGGCAACAUGGGCAAAGAUUCGGCAGAAGCACUUCUCUAGCGGUAUCAACAGAGAGAGCCUGAAUGCCAUUGAGAAGGCUACCUUUUUUGUGAGCAUGAAUGACCUGGAACCGAGGGGCCUGACUGAAAGAGGGAAACUCCUGAUUCACGGUGAUGGCAGGAGCAUCUGGUUUGACAAGUCGCUCAACGUCCAGGUGUUCAAGGAUUGCACAUCCGGCAUGAACUGCGAGCACAGCAUGGCUGAUGCACCUGCCAUGGCCCACAUGUGGGAGUCCACCAUUACGAGGGAGGUGCUUGAGAAGCUGUAUGAUGAAUCUGGCCGGUGCAUGCCGCCAGGCAAGAAGUGCAAGCAGUAUGCCAUCCUGCGGCCCCAGCGUCUCGUGUGGAACAUUUCGCCUGAACUGGAGAAAGACAUCACUGAGGCUUUUUUUUUUUUUUUUCAGGCAAAUGAUGACCUGGAUCUGUUCGUGAGAGACCAUGACAACUGGGGUAAAGGAAUCAUCAAGAAAUGCAGGGUGUCACCAGAUGCAUUCAUCCAGAUGGCUCUGCAGCUUGCAUACUACAAAGAGAACAAGAAGUUUGUCCAGACUUAUGAAGCCAGCAUGACACGGCUCUAUCUCAAUGGUCGGACCGAGACUGUGCGAUCGUGCACUCUUGAGGCAACAGAGUUUGUCAAGGCGAUGGUGGAAAACAGUGUGAGUACAGAGGAGAAAAUUCGACUUCUUAAACGUGCAAGUGCCAAGCAUCAGAGGCUCUACCGGGACGCAAUGAGCGGCAAAGGUGUUGACAGGCACCUUUUUGCUCUCUACGUGGCCUGCAAGGGUCUGAAAUAUGAAAGUGAAUUUUUAACCAACGUGCUUCUGCGUCCCUGGACAUUGUCUACAAGCCAGACGCCACACACGCAGCUGGAUUACUCACCUGAUGCAGACCUGGAGGUGUUCAGGAACAAGAUUUCUCCUGGAGGUGGUUUUGGGCCAGUUUCCGACGACGGCUACGGAGUAUCCUACAUCUUUCCGAACAACUCCAAGAUCUUCUUUCACGUUUCGUCCAAAAAAUCCUGCACAAGCACAAACUCUGAAAGGUUUGUGAGGACGUUAGAAGAAAGCAUGGACGAGAUGAAGGCUUUGUUUGGGUUUUAAGGCAGAGAGGAGUACGUAUCAAGGAACAAGAGGCCCAGUGCGACCAAAAUGACUGAAAGCCUUUUGCAACGGUCAUGACACCGUUACAGCGGUCAAAAGUAGUGCUUCCUGGCACACUUGCAAGAGAGCUCCCCUAUACAUCUAAGUGCUUGACUUGCUUGCAAAGUUUGCAAGCCCUUUGCACUUUUUUAGUGUUUUUAUGAAUGACAUAAUGUUCAAGGUGUAGUGUACGCUGUUCCCCAUCUACCAGCAGAUUAAUUAUGCUGACAAAUUUUACUUGGGUGGUAAUGGUGACGGUGGUAAAUGGAAGGAAGAUUUUAAGUUUACUGAGGAACUGCAACCCUUGCUGUAAUUUUAGUGCAGAUCCCUGGUUGAUUUUUGUAUAUUAAAUAUUACAACUACUAAAACACAUGGUUUGUGGGACGUUGGAACGCUCUCUAGAAAGGAGAUGGCUUCUCUUGGAAAUUUGAAUAUUCACAUAAAUGGCAUUUGGUGCCAUCAGUGCCUCAGUGCUCUUUCAAACACAGUGGUCAGUUACUGUAACCUUGGCUUUUGCAUUUGCUAUCCUUCGUGGUCCUUCGUAGGACUAGAACACAAAGAAUAAUGGUGUUUUCGUUAAGUCAAGCCACUUGGCAGUACAAAAAGUACAUUGUCAUUAGAUGGUUAAUGCAUCGAGCCAUUGUUAAUUAUAAACAGUGAAAAUGAAAUCAGUCAUGGCUGACUUGUUGGUCAGUGGUUCUUGAAACGUCACGUAGGCCAGAAAUUAUUGAUGCUACAUUUGCUUUUCUCGCAUGUGUCUACUUUCAGUAAUUUCAAAAGCAUAACAUUACUGUGGUUACAACAUAGCUUUAUUCUUUGAAAGCUGUAAAGAUGUGUCACACCUGCAAAUUGUUUUAAAGUAAUGCUUACCUAUGUCAAGGAAGAAUGGGAGAAUAGGUUCAGCAUGCCUUGUUCAAAGAGGUAGAAAUAAUUGGAAGUAAGGUACGUAUGAUUUACAACAUUUGGUGUUUUGUCAGAUUUUUACUUGCACAGGCUUCAUCAAAAUUAUCAGGAUAAUAAGCAGCUGGAAGUGGUUAUGCAGCAUGGUGGAUUUUAGCCACCUCCGCAUCAAGGUGCACUGUAAUUUGUCAAGUUUGCUUUGUUGUUGUAGCCAUGACUUUUGUAAAGCUUAAAAAAAAGGGGGGGGGGGGGGGGGCUGUGGUUGAACAUAGGCUUUGUACUAGUGAACAAAGUAGCAAAGCACUGUUAUUUGCAGUGGGCUACUUUUUUUGUCCAUCUUCAACAUGGAGUAAGUUUUGGGGCUGUGCUGGUUUUCUAGCAAAGGCUUUCGAGGACACCAUGUAGCACAAACACAAACCUUUUGGGCUUCUAUUGCUUUGAAAUCUUUGCUCUUUUUUACUUAGAGGACCUUUGAUGUACAGUGCACUACACUGCUAAAGGGAGCAUGGAAGUGCCGGGCUCACACUCUGUAGGGAUCCCAGCUAGCGACUGCAGGCAGAAGCAGAUGAGAUGUACUACGCAGAUGAAUGAGUACAGAGGAGGCAGUGGCGCCUACAAUGAGUCGUCUGCUUUUGCGAGCUUUUGUAGUAUUUCAACUAAGAGAAAUCCACUCAUGCCCUGCCAUCUCGUGUUAACAGUGGAGUACACUGUACUUAUGUGACAGGAGCUAUAGCUCCAUUUUUUGGGGGGGGCAGCGCAGUGCAUUUGUGGUAGCGUUCACAGGUCUUGCUUGCUGAGUGAAGCCAAAGCUAUUGACUGCAGAAGUAUUAUUACUACCUGAGUGCUGUAUAGUCUGCUGGACAUUGGUCAAGUCUAAUAAUGCAAGUUGUGCACUAAAUGUUCACUUUUUAGGAGAGAACAAAGGGAGGGCAAAUGCUGUGCCAUUGGGAGGCACUUGUCACGAUACAAUGUAAAUCUCCAUGUUUCGCCACUUAAUGCUGCUGGCUUUUUCUGUUGGCUAAACAGCACUGGUUUUCUUUUGAUCUAUGCUAGCGUUGUAUUUCCUUACCUGUUGAACAGUCUUGAAGUCUAUCUAUUUUUUUACGUUUUUACCCGGGACUUUCCACUUUUGGAGUUGCUUCAUUUUCCCUGCCCGAAAUGGGUGCAGUGUACCAGCCAUUUUUGUAUUCAGAUUUUAGAUGCAGCAACUGUUAUCAAUGAAAUGUUUGCAUGGGCAGUUCAGUGUGUGUUCAUGUUUGUGUGUGUUUAUACAGAUGCGCGAUUGUUUGUUGACUCGGCGAACAUAGUUUCCCGGAUACAAGUCUUGCUCAUUUUUUAGAGGUCUGCUUGUGUGGGACUUCUGAAAAGCUCUCUGGCAUGCGAGAUGAAAUACCGAUCCAAAGUUGUGUUUUGGUUAUUGUCGAUUCAUCUUUUUUUUUUUCCUUGUGGAAUGCGGUUUGUCAAUUUUAGUGGCAGUGGUUUUGAAGACAAUUUUUAUAGAAUGUGUAUUGCGCUUUUGUAUGUCUGGAGCCUUUUGUAUAUAUACAUGAAGGUCUAUUCACUGAUGGUAUGUGCUUAAAGUUAACAGUGUUUGCAUGGUGACGACUGUAAUAAAAUCAUGGUAUGUCAGUA